UACAGAACGUGGACCACACAAAGAGAUGGGUCUGAUCUUGGACAGCGUGGUAAUCCUGGUCUCCUUGUCUGGAAUAACUCUAGCAAUUGACGAUUGCUGCUCCAUCUCAAGACAAAGAGCAUUAGAGAGUUUCAGACAAGAUGUAAGCACCAGAGUCAACUCGGCCGUGCUGGUGUUGUUUGAAACGUCCCAGCCGUACAGGGGCAGAAGGUACUACCUGUCCAAGCCGCUGGGUAACGCCGACAUCAACAGGUCCCAGGCCAUGUGUCUGCUAAUUGGGGGCUACCUGGCCGAGAUCGACGACGCCGCUGAGUAUCUGUUCGUCAAGAGUUUCAUCCGAGGCUACAGCGGCUUCUUCGCGGUCUACACGGGGGGCAACGACGAGGCCCAGGAGGGCGCCUGGGUGUACCGCUACAGCGGCAAGCCCGUCACCUACCUGGACUGGACACCUGGACAACCCACCAAUGAUAUUGACGGGGAUUGUUUGACCUAUCUGGACAGAACCGACUGGAAGAUGGACGACUUCCGGUGUAUGUAUACCGGAAAUGAUACCAGGUUCGUCUGCGAGGUACCAGACAGCCGAGUAUAAAAUAGAAGCAGAAAUUGAAACAUUUUUUGUUUUGAAAAUUGUAAAACUAAUAUAUAAUUUAUGUAAAUUUUCAAGCUAAAAUAGAUUAUCAAUUUUUUGUCAAUUUUAGUUUCACGGCUCAUUUCAUUAAUAUAGAUAAGUAGAA